UUGAAAGUUUAGUUAAUGGAAAAUUCAAAUGAAAAUGACACAGAAAAUGAUGGGACGGAAAGAAGAAAAAUAUCAAUACUCGAUUUGGAAUUAAUUGCUCCAAACAAACAAAUUAUUAAACAAUUAAUUUUAUUAAAUUCUAUUGCUUUACCAAUCAAUUUUGGGGAUAUAAAUUCCUUGCAUUAUAAACAAGUUCUUAAAAAUGAAUUGGCAAUUAAAGGAGUGGAAAGUGUAGAUGAUGAAGAUGAACGUAGGAAAAUUGUUUUUUUUUCGAGAGGGAUUUUUUCAGAAAAUUUUGGGGUAAAAGUAGGGUUGCCAAAAUGGACCGAUUCGGACCGAAAGAUGGAGUCGGGCCUAAGAUAUUUGACCCGAAAAAGAUUCGUACGGCCCGGCUCGAUAAAAAUCAGGCCCGAAAAAGGUGUCUAGACCCCCGGCCCGACUCGAAAAUGGUAACCCUAAUUAGAAGGAUAGUUUAUAUAUUUUUGGGGGACGCUAACUGUCCAGGAAGGAUCUUUUAAUUUUAAAAUCUUGCUUUAUGUUUUGUGAAAAUUUUAGUUUCCGGGAAUACCAUUUUUGGGUGUUUCUUGAUGUAUUUUAUGGAUUUUUAAAAAUUAAUUU